AUGCAAUUGUACACAAGGUGCUUGACGUUUGGCGUCAAUAAGCCUCAAAUUUUUCUAAUGCGACUCAAAAGAAUUCUGGCAAACAAUUUGGCAAUAUUGGCUUCGAACCCAUUUCAGAAUUCAGGUCAUAUGUUAGUGCAAAUUAAGCAUAAAACAAGUGGAGGUAGAAAACCCAAAAAGAAAAUCUAUCAUAGGGUUCAUGAACUUGACAAAGUCAUGGACUUGCAGAAAAAACCUGCUCUAAUACUUCAACUUAAGGACAUAAUUCAAUCCCAGAAAAAUAAAUGCAUUUUCCUUAGGGACCUUGAAAAGGAAGUGGGGUUUGUGCAAAAAUGGAAUUGUAUGGCUGUUAUUGAAAAGUACCCUAUGAUCUUUCAUGUUAGUGGUGGAAGUAGAACACCCAUCUCAGUUCGGCUUACUGAGAAGGCGAAAAGUGUUGCGGCCGAAGAAAAUGAAGCUUGGAUGCUUAUGGAACCUAUUCUGGUUAAGAACUUGAGGAAAUUGUUAAUGUUGACGGUUGAUUGUAGACUUCCAUUGGAGAAGAUUGAAUUUAUAAAAAGUGUAUUAGGUUUGCCAAGUGAUUACAUGGAGUCACUGAUUCUAAAGUACCCUGAAUUCUUUUGUGUAAAAGAAGUUAAUGGAAAGGCUUAUUUGCAUUUGGAGAGUUGGGAUUCUUCUCUUGGUAUAACUGCCCGCGAAGAGAAAAUGAUGCAGGAAGGAUUGUUAAAGGAUGGCGGGAAGCAAAUGAAAGUUAAGAUAUCAAGAGACGGUAAUUAUCCUGGUCCUCAUGCAUUUCGCAUUUGCUAUGCUGCUGGUUUUAGGCCUAAUACGGGUUUCCUAGUGGAAGUCGAAAGAUGGCAGAAAAUGGAGUUUCCUUCUCCUUACUUAAAUGCAAGGAGGUUUGACCCUGCUGAUCCUAAGGCACGAAAAAGAGUGGUCUCAGUGCUCCAUGAACUUCUGAGCUUGACUGUUGAGAAGCGAAUGACAUCUGUGCAAAUGAGUGGUUUUCAAUCCGAGUUACUUUUACCUGCUAGGCUAUUACUUUGCUUAAUCAAGCAUCAUGGAAUCUUCUACAUCACCAAUAAGGGUGAAAGAAGUACAGUCUUUCUUAAGGAAGCAUAUGACAGUUCCAAUUUGAUUCAACAAUGCCCUAUAUUACGAUUCAAUGCAAAAUUUGUAGCACUAGCGGGUAGAAAGGAUUCAAAUAUCUCCAAUGAGAUUGCUGAAUCGUCGAUACUUUAG